AUGCCUCAAUCUUCGACAAGUGGUGGUCGUCACGACUCUAAGGUCGCUGAUAGACUCGAUGCUCAAAACAGCAACGCUAAAAGUCACGGAAGCCCAUCAGAAGCAAACUCAGAAUCUCAGCAGCAUCAACGCAAUGGCGGUGCCUCCGGCAACACUGACAGCCCUCGCAAUAGAGAGCAGAGACCAGAUUCGAUGAAUAAUGGGGACCGCCGCGAAGACAUUGCCGCAAGUAAUCGGUUCAUGCCUCAAUCUGGAAAACCGGCGGGAAUUUAUAACACCCAAGAAGAGAAAGACGACCAGCAUCGCGAAGAUAUUGCUGCCAGCAAUCGCUUCAUGCCCCAGGCUGGGAAACCUACAGGGACAUCGUCACUAUGA